CCUGGCUAAUUUAAACAAAGACGGCAGCUAGCCGGUUACCUGCACAGGUAACGGUUUACAGCUUGUUGUCAUGCAGCGGGUGGAAUGAGUCUUUGAGGAUUGUGGCAAUAACGUAAUCCUCACAGCAUCGCAGCUCUUCUUUACUGUAAUUGCAAAGUGUGGACGCCCCUCCUAUUCAGUGUUGGUCAUGUAGGCAUGUUCUUACUGCCAGUUGAAAGACAGAGGCCUCAGUUGUCUUUCCUCCUCCCGCCUCCUCCUCUUCCUCCUCAUACCUGUCUGUCGUCAGUUAACACUGGGAAUGACUAGGAACAACACCAAAACACUGCUAACUAGUUAAGACCUUACAGAGGAAGAUAAUCAGGAAGGAUGAAUCGCUCAUGUGUGAACUGCUUAAAAACUAUGCUGAUACAUCUCAACUUUCUGUGCUGGCUGUGCGGUGCGUUUGUAGUGGCAUUUGGAGAGUUCCAGAUGAUACACUCCAACUUCGCCUCUCUCAUCACCAGCUUCUGGCCCAUCUACCCCGCCAACACUCUGGUGGUCACCGGCACCAUUGUUACCUGUGUGUGCUACCUGGGAGUGUUAGGAGGCAUGAGGGAGAACCGCUGCAUGCUCAUUACUUUUUUCGUCCUGCUCUUCAUCCUGAUGCUGGUGGAGCUGGCCAUGGCCUGUGUGUUCCUGGUCUACAGCAGAAAGAUUGACACAUACUUUGAGAAAGACUUGAUGCAAAGCUUGGAGACCUACAAACAGUCCAGUCCAGAAGGCAACAAGACCCUUAAAGAUGACUUUGAUGCUGUCCAGCACCUGUUCCAGUGCUGUGGAGUUCAUGGUGUGGCAGACUGGAGAGGUAACAUCCCAUUAUCCUGUUGUACCAAGGACCCCUGUAACAUCCUCCCCCAAUCCAACUGGCAAGAGGGUUGUCUCGUGAAAGUGAGGGACUGGUUUGCCAGAAACUAUCUUAGCACAGGUGCAGGUGUUGUCACAAUGUUUAUCAUACAGUUUAUUUGUCUGUCUAUCACCAUCCCUCUCUUUUGCCACUUCAGUCGACAUGGACUGGGUUACCAGUGAAAAAGGGACAAGAAAACUGCACUUGCAACUUACAGCGACUUUCCACAUUCCAACAGGACAGAUUGCUUUUAUCUGUAUGAACUUCUUAUGAAUAUGUUCCGAAAACCAGAAAGGUGCCAUUUCCGGCCAUCAAAAAGGGAGACAAAAGCCUGAGCUGAGGAUUGCAUCAGGUGACCAAUAGGAAACAUUUAGUUGGUAGGACACAAACUAAUACAAUAAAUUCAACUUAGACCUUUAGAAACUAAAAUAAAUAAAGCCUACAGGAUUUUGCCUAUUAUCAUUAGCAAACCCCCUAAUCAAUUUUUUUGUUUUCAAUCAUUUUCUUCCUGUUACAUGAUUUGAUUUUGUGAUUGCACUUGUUUUGGGCAUCAAGGACUUAUACUCUUUUACUUUUCUUAAUAAACCCACCCACAUUUGA